UCCGCCUUCGGGUCCCUGCGCUGGAAUGGGCGGCUCCCAGCGGAGCGCUAGCACGAGCAGUGACGUCAUGGCAACACGCAGCUCCCGGCUGCGCGAGCGCCGCCGGCAACCCUUUAUAAAGCACAAUAGGAGUCCGGAGCCGCACUCUGCUCCAUGACAAAGGAAUACCGACCUCGCUCAUCCUGAGGAGCUGGUGUGGUAGCCUGGCAGAUUUCACCAAAGAAAAGUCGAGAAACAUGUCGAGCUACGUGUCUUCAGACUGCCGCCGCGUGAGUCCCUCGAGCCACGGGACCCGCUUCGACACGGCGAACCGCAAGAAGGCGGCGGCCAACAUAUUUGAGAACGUCAAUCAGGACGCGCUCAUGAGGCUCUUCCAGAAGACGGGGGAUAUGAAGGCGGAGGAGCGGGUCCGAAGUAUCUUCUCGUACGCCCACGACCCCGAGGAGACGUCCAAAGCGCUCAUGGCGCUGAAACAGAGGAAGAAGGACAAGUUCCUGCGCAUCGCGGGUGCAAUCAGGCAGCUGCUCAAACUGCACUGACUGUCACACUGCGACUCUGUCGCACCGACUCUGUGCGAAGUGAUGCAGGCAACUACUUCACGAUGAAAAUUACGCUCGAGUCGACGCUGGCCAUCCUGAAAAAGAUGGACAAAAUGCACGGGAUCCAAUUGCUGACGGCUCGAGCGACACUGCGGCGAACUGCCGCGACGGAGCGCACGGCUGCUGCGCCCAGACCGCUGCGCUGCAGUGGAGAGGCGACGAGAACAUGCCGGAAAGAGGACGAAGCGGCAGGGCGCGCGACACUGAAGAGCCGACCGUUUCCCACUCUUGACUGAAGAGAGGCGCCAACUUGCCAGUGUUGUUCAUUAUGCAUUUUGUUAGAAUGCGCGAGACUUCCACCUCAUAGGUGACACAACAAACAUGUAUUUGGACUGGUGCCGAAGAAAAAUGCCUGAAAAAAUUGCCUCAGUUCUGUUCGGAACAGAUUCAAUGCCUUGUCUCCGUACCAGUUUUCCAGCUCCCUGAUACAUGUUCUAACACUGUUUGUUAGUGACCACUAAUUUAUUUGUCACGAAAUGUUACGAUAACACAGUGUCAUACGUUUCACAUUCCUUUUGCAAUUUUCUUAAUAAAUUAUUAUGCCAAUUA